AUGGCUGGCCCUCUUGCUGAUCCAUUCUUCCCACGGACCACACAGAUACUUUUGGAAUAUCACCUAGGGAGAUGGGUCCCACGUCUUCGUGAACCACGAGACCUCUAUGGCGUCUCUUCCUCUGGCCCUCUGAGCCCAACACGGUGGCCAUACCACUGCGAAGUCAUAGACGAAAAAGUCCAGCACAUUGAUUGGACUCCUUAUCCUGAGCCAGUAUACACCCCAACAGGCCUGGAAACGGAACCCCUUUACCCAAACUCCAAUGAUGGUAUUGUGGUUUAUCUAGCUGAAGAUGCUUAUAAAGAGCCCUGUUUUGUGUAUUCCCGAGUCGGGGGCAACCGAACACCCCUGAAGCAGCCCAUGGACAACUGUGACAACACUUUGAUGUUUGAAGCAAGGUUUGAGAGUGGCAAUCUACAGAAGGUAGUCAAAGUGGCAGAAUACGAGUACCAGCUGACUGUACGCCCCGACCUCUUCACAAAUAAGCACACCCAGUGGUAUUAUUUUCAAGUCACGAACACCCAGGCAGGAAUCACCUACCGGUUCACGAUCGUCAACUUCACCAAGCCUGCCAGCCUUUACAAUCGGGGUAUGCGUCCGCUCUUCUAUUCUGAAAAAGAAGCCAAGACUCGCAAUAUUGGUUGGAAGAGAAUAGGGGACCAAAUCAAGUACUACAAGAACAACGUGGGGCAAGAUGGGCGCCAUUAUUUCUCUCUCACGUGGACAUUUCAGUUUCCGCACAACAAAGAUACCUGCUACUUUGCUCACUGCUAUCCAUACACUUACAGCAACCUACAGGAGUAUCUCUCAGGCAUCAACAGCGACCCAGUGCGAUCAAAGUUCUGCAAAAUCCGCGUCCUGUGCCACACGCUUGCUCGGAACAUGGUGUAUGUUCUAACUAUCACCACCCCGUGGAAGAACACAGAGCCCAGAAAGCGCAAGGCCGUUGUUUUGACCGCAAGGGUACACCCAGGAGAAACCAACAGUUCGUGGAUCAUGAAAGGCUUCCUAGAUUAUAUUUUAGGAGACUCAAGUGAUGCUCAAUUGCUCCGGGACACUUUUAUCUUCAAGGUGGUACCCAUGCUGAAUCCAGAUGGUGUGAUUGUGGGAAAUUAUCGGUGUUCCUUAGCUGGACGGGAUUUAAAUCGUAGCUAUACAUCUGUCCUGAAGGAAUCUUUUCCUUCUGUUUGGUAUACCCGGAACAUGAUCCGUAGACUCAUGGAGAAGCGAGAGGUUAUUCUGUACUGUGACCUGCACGGUCACAGCAGGAAGGAGAACAUCUUCAUGUAUGGCUGUGACGGCAGCGACAGAUCCAAAGCAUUAUAUUUACAGCAACGAAUCUUUCCACUUAUGCUGAGCAAAAACUGUCCAGCUAAAUUUUCCUUCUCAGCUUGCAAGUUUAAUAUUCAGAGAAGCAAAGAGGGAACAGGGAGGGUGGUGAUGUGGCGAAUGGGAAUCCGGAACAGUUUCACCAUGGAAGCCACGUUUUGUGGCUCUACCCUGGGUGAUAAACGAGGCUCUCAUUUCAACACAAAAGAUUUGGAGUCAAUGGGAUAUCAUUUUUGUGAUUCUCUUUUGGACUAUUGUGACCCCAACCGGGCCAAGUAUUUCCAAUGCCUGAAAGAAUUAGAGGAAAUGGAGAAGCGCAUCAACUUAGAAAAACUCUUUGAUGAUUCAGAUACUUCUCUGAUCGAAAUCACAUUGGAUAUAGAGUCUAGCAGUCGAGGCUCUGACAGUUCAGACUCCAAUGACUCCCAGUCUUACCUUCUCAAGUUAACACCUCAGGUAAAACCCAAAAUAUAUCUAAAAACAAAGAAGGAAAGGAAUUCUACUAUAGCAAGUCAUAAAAAUGCCAGAGAACAAGAGGUCUGCAGUAGACUCCAGUUACAGCAAAGACACAACGAAUCAAAUGCCCAUUUGAAAGAUACAAAGGUACCAGAAGAGUAUAUAUUUGUGUAUUUCUAAUCAAGACAAUUCCCUAAUCAAGGUUUGGAUCUGCAUCACAACUUAAGAAGAAAGAUGAAAGGUUGUGCAUCUUUUCAAAGCAAGAAGGCAGGCAUCAACUGGACAGACGAUGAAAAGAGAAUCUACAGGGACAAAAGAAUCACUCAAACUCAAGAAAUGUUACAAUUUCUACUCCCUAUCGUGGAAAGCUCUAAAAACACGCAGACCACCCAAAUAAACCAGAUGCUCACCCCAAGAGCCAACUUCCAGAUCCAACAGCAACUAAAGACAACUACCUGCAGCAAUUUAAAGCAGACCAGCUCCUCAUGUGCAACACCCAGACAUUCCUUUUUACUACCUCAAAAAGAUAUUGUGAUAAACUCUUCAGAAUGGUUCCAGACUGUGUCCCAGAAGUCAUUUGAAAGUCUGUCACCUCUCAAAGAGCCCAAAUAUAGGAAGAAACAUCCUGGAGUCUGGGCCAUAAAGCCAGACUACAAGAAGCCUUUCAGCAGUAAAUGGGAGGUCACCUCCUCAAGUGGUGAGAUGGGUACAAACAUCACAAAAGGUAAGAAGCAUCUUCAAGUCAAAGACCCCAACCUGAGAAGCUUCAUUCAUUUCACCCCACAUCAAACUGAAAGCAAGAAGGAUGAGCAACCAAGCAAGAAUAAAGUACCGAAUGAGUAG